GAGGAAAGUGGUGGUCCCAAGCUCUCCCUUUACCGGUAGUUAAUCUGUGUAAAAUAUUUUACGUAUACCCCGCCCACUUUUAUACCCCGCAGGGGGGCGCUGUGCAUGUAAAAAACGCAUAUAACCCGCGGGUUAUAUGGGUGAAAAUACGGUAUCUGUGAUCACUACUAAUGCUUAUGGAUCCAUUUCUGAGAGGAGAUUAUCAAAUGUGUAACUUAAUAUCUAUUACGUGUUGCUGUAUGUAAAGCUCUUGGAGAACAUUCCUUAUUUUGAUCAUGUUUUGAACAAGAAACAUAACAUUUUGCUAUUUCUAGGAAAAUUCAUACUCUCAAUAUUAAUAUUGCUUAUUUUGGUGUAAAUUUGGACAAGUUUACUUACAAUAGUCAUUUUUCAAUCUUCUCACCAUUAACUCAAAUGAAGUGUGAGGACUUGCCUUAUCUUAACAGAGGCUUCAGAUAUCUAGACUACAGUUUGCCUACUUAGUGGAAACUUGCCAUAUUGAACUCUCAUUACACAUUUCAGAAUGGGUAUAUGUAUAAUGCACAUGUGUUUACAGCACUAUCGCCAGUUCAUUUCUUUAACCAGAAAAAAUAUAAUUAAUGGGGUAAUCUUAUAUUCCAACGAGUUCACAGUGUCCGAACACUAUAUUGGGCUUCUUAUAAAAGCAGGUUGAAACCAUGGCUUUUUUCACCGUAAGUUUUAAAUCAAUCAUUCUAGGUUAUAAGUUGUCAUAAACAGUAUUCCUUGGUGAAUUUAUAUCUCACCGUUAACGAUAGAAAAAUCAAAAUCAAUCAAAACAGCUUAAAAGAUUUCACAACUUUAAACAAUCAUAGCUUUUACCAUUUCUGUACAGCCUUUCUGUAUCUUUCCUCUCAACCUCUCUCCUUGCUUCUUCUCUUUUCAAGGACUAUGAAAAAGCUCUGUUUUUCCCAUGCAAGGCAGCAGAGCUGGUGAAUGAUUAUGGAAAGGGCUGGAGUUUAAAGUACCGAGCAAUGAGCCAGUUCUACAUGGCUGUAGCCUAUCGGAAGCUGGGGCGCUUGCCAGAUGCUAUGGAAUGCUGUGAGGAGUCAAUGAAGAUUGCGCUUCAGCAUGGAGAUCGUCCUUUGCAAGCACAGUGCCUGCUCUGCUUUGCUGAUAUCCACCGCAGCCGUGCAGAUGUACAGACAGCUUUUCCCCGCUAUGAUUCCUCCAUGAGCAUCAUGACUGAGAUUGGAAACCGUCUGGGACAAGUUCAGGUGCUGCUUGGUGUAGCCAAGUGCUGGCUGAUGCAAAAGGACCUUGACAAGGCAUUAGAAAAUGUUGAGAGGGCUCAUGAGCUAGCAGAGGGACUAGGAAACAAACUUUGCCUGCUGAAGAUUCAUUGCAUCUGUGAAGGGAUCUAUCGCACAAAGGGUCAGCAGAGGGAACUUCGUAAUCACGUGGUGAAGUUCCACGAAUGCGUUGAAGAAAUGGAACUCUACUGUGGCAUGUGUGGCGAAUCCAUUGGUGACAGGAACCAUCAGCUCCAGGCAUUGCCCUGCUCCCAUGUCUUCCAUUUAAAGUGCCUGCAGACAAACGGAACACGAGGUUGCCCCAACUGCCGGCGUUCAUCAGUUAAACCAGGGUUUGUGUGAUCUGCUGAUGAACUGAUGACCUAAGAAAAUUCACCCAGAAGGUGUGAAAAGACGGAGUACUGGAGCAGUUCUGUUACAUGAUCUAGAGAUGAAACCCAUCAUAUAGAUACAAAAUCUCCUACAGAAUUGAUGGAAAAUGCAGGCCUAGAUCUUUGUCAUGCCUUUUCACACAGUUGUCACACCUCUCCCAGGAAUUCUGUGUCCUCCUUUUUCAAAGACGAUACAAUAAGCCACCUUUGCUCCUUCAACAAUGUGUUUGCUUGAUUUUCCACAAUCUCAAUUUGAUUUUGAUUUUAAUUUUCUGCUUCUUUUGAUAGCUUCUUUCAGGGCCAACUCUGACACUCAUACUUCACUUAUUUUUAUUCAUUCCUCAUGGGAAGCAUACUGAUCCUGCCUACAUAAUGCUUCUUGGACUGGCACAGUAUUGCUUUCUUGUAUGCAUGUUGACAGCUCCUCUUUUCCAGACAUUGCUUGAAGUUACUUCAACUUAACAUUCUGACUGAUGUUUUUCUUAAUUUAUUUGGUACCUAACAGCGGUUAAUGCUUUAAAACAACUGUUAAGCCAUUCAUAAUAUGUCAUUUUCCAUUUGCAAAGAACAUUUCCCAAAUUGAUGCUCUCCAAAUGAUUUCCAGAAAUUUUUAGUAGCCUGGGAAUUGUGGGAUUGAAAGUCGAAAUUGUCUGGAUUGGGCAACUGAUUUUAUGUCAGAGUCAAGAGACUGUGAUGUCCCACCUGCCUCUCAGCAAUGUAACUCUUUCAGUAUGUCUCUAUUUUCAAUGUACAGGAUCCUUCAGUUCUUCUGAAAGUAUCUGAUACCUUUAGUUUGCUUACAUUCAUUCUCACAGAACAUUCAAUUUCUGCAUGGGACUGGGGUGUGGGGGGAGCCUUAUAGUGUCCCAGGGAAUGUUUCUUGUCUUGUAUUCCUUUCCCAUCAUCUUGUAAUGUUUUAUGGGCUGUGAUCGGUCCAAUCAUGGAAUUGUGAGCAAUAUAUUUAUACUUUCUGUAAACUGUUUAUACUGGAAUAAAUAAAAUCGUAGCCUAGAAGUCAGUGUUUUCUAAAGUUGUAGCUAUGUUUUCAUCUUUUAGAAACUGCAGAAAGAAAGAAUGAAAAAGAUGUAUAUUGAUUAAAUAUAUAUGUAUGUUGUGGGGGAUAUAUAUGAAUGAUGGUAUGAGUCAUCUGCAAAAUGGCUCAAAGGCACUAGCAGAGAAAGAUCAAGGACAGAUACUCGUAUGCCCAGGGCACGAUCAAGAUAAAGGCAAAUUUAGAACCUACAAUAUUCUAGGGAGCCAGAAUAGUUCAAGCAUAAUAUGUUGGAGGGAUACGGAGAAUUCAAGAAGCUGAAUGUUGGAAGAAGGAGCAUGGGAAAGAGGCUUCAGCAGGAGCUCAAGACAAGGAAGGAAUAUAAAGGAAAUGAGAAGUAUGAAAUAAAAGCAGAAGUGAAGUGAAGCAACUGGGAUAUAAAGGUCAAGGAUAUAAAUAGGAGAUAGAAAAGUAAACAUUACAGCUUUAGAGGGGAAUACAAAAUUAAAGAGAAUAAAGAGUUAAUAGACCAUAUAUUACUUUUACCUAGUUUGAUUCAAGUAAACUGUUGACCUCAUAAAUUAAGGUGGUAUAUCAUUGUAGGCAUAUUAAGAUAGAAAUAAGAUUAUAGAGAAAAUAUAGAAAUCAAAACUACAAAAUUAUAUAUUAUAAAGAACAAGUGUAUGAAAGAUAAUAAAAUAAAACUAUGGAAUGAGAUAUGGAAUAAUGAUUAAAGUGUAGCUGAAAAGGUAUAGCAAAAGUUGAAAGUUUUACUUGGCAGAUACUUGUCAAUUUGUUGGAAAUCCAUCCCUACUAUAGCUGGGUUGUGGAUGAAGAUCUGUCAACAUAUUUAUAACAAGUUUACUCAGCACCAAAUUGCUCUAACAUGUCUAACAAUACACAAUUCUCAUUAUUGGGAAAGUGGAAGAAUAGAAAUCAGCCACCAUCUAUAAAAAGCUUUGCUUCUUCUAUAAGAAGCCACUGUCUUUGUUUUGCCUAAGUUUGCGUAACCCUGAACUAUAACAACCUUAGUAAGGCUCCCCUUAUUCAUGAUAAAGGGAACCUAAUAACUUGCACACAUUGUAGGAUAUUUUCUAAUUCCAAAAAGGCAGCCAUUUUGUUAAUUUGACCUGACCAUCUUUUUUACUGAUGAAGUGCAGUAGAAAAGCAAGUGAUGUAUAUUAACUGUUAAUUUGUUAAUGGGAAAAUGGAAACAUAGUCCCCAAUAGGAAAUGCAUUGAUUUUGUGUUUAAGUAUUUAAUAAACAUACUUUUUU